UUUAUUUAAAACCUGUCCAACCUUCGUCGCAAUUUCCAAUCAUAGUCCAUCCCUAGAAAAAGUACAAUUAAGUAAAAUUGCGUAAAAGUUUCUCAAUUUCGACAAAAUGAAGUUCUCGCAUUUAUUAACGUUUACAUUCGCAGUUAUUUUCGCCCUCGGUGUCAUCCCCUCCACCGAAGCCGUCAAGUGUUACAACUGCGUUUAUCUGCAGGGAAGUUAUGGUACGGCGCCACAAUGCGAAUCCGACACGAAAAACGUAACCUCCCAGAAUUGUGGGACAAGGGGCUCCGAUGAACUUUUCACCGUAACUGCUGCUCCCAGCUAUCUGUAUUCCCAGAAUUCUAUACUCGCUAUGAAAACUUUGUGCGGAUCUGGGAAGGGAACUAUCAACGGUAAGAAGGUCGUUAUAAGAGGGUGCGUCUUCCCAGCGGAAAGUAGCCAUGAUGGGAAAUGCAAUAAAUACUACGAUUGGUGGGUCGAUUUCUAUAACGGUACCGUCCUUCGUUUUCCGGCAAAUGGUACCAACGCUUUGGAGACUUGCUUAUGCUCCAAGGACGACUGUAACGGGCAAAAUAAUGUGAACGGGUUAUAUUCUGGGGUAACGGUGACGGUUUUGGGAACAUUCCUCGCCGUAUUGAGGAAAUUAUAUUAAGUCUUUUUGUAAAUUUAAUUGAACGCAGUUAUUUUACAUAUUAAAAGUAAUAUGUACUUAUCUAUGCACAUGGUUGCAUGUAUUUAAGCGGCAUGUGUCAUGAAAUAAAUCAGUCAAAAUGAA